CCUAAAACCAUCUCUUAACACUUAAGCUCUUUCAAGGGGUGACAGAAUGUGAAAACCAGCCAAAAUGUCCUCACUUUCCAAAGAACAUACACAGAGAUAACCUGAUGUGAGACUGUUCCUGUGAUUUGGGGCAGCAAAGGAGAAACCUCUGUCAAUGGUGUUUUUAAAGUGAGAGACUAGGACUGAUAAGAGCUGCUGUGAGGAGGAUCUAAGCGACCGAGGAGCUGAAUAUGGAGUCAAGAGUUCUGAGAUGUAUUGAUUCUGUAAUUGACCAGUAACUAUUAACCUCAUAGUUAAGGCUUCAACUCUGAGGACAACUAACCCACAUUGGACAUGGAAACAGACUAAACCCUUUAUUAUUUAAUUAUUAUUUACAUUUAAUUUUACCCAGUUCACCCAGUGACACAAGGGGUCAUAAGUCGUAUUGCUGCUCCCUCUGAUGAAGCUUUAUGCAUCUACAGUAUAGAAAUCGGUGUAGUUUUUUUUUAAAUGAAGACCAAACUGAGGCAGAAUAAUAUCAGCUAAAACAAAACAACAGUUACAUAGUGUCGCUUUAAAUUGGUAUAUUUUUAAUCCAAUCAGAAUAAAAUCAAAAUGUUGUUAUGUUAAGUUAAAAACAGACAAAAGGCUUGAUUGUGUUACGUUUUCACGAUUAACUAAGAUUUGCGGGGUCACGCGACCAAAUAGACGGCGACGCACGAGGGGGCGUGGUCAAUGUGAUUGUCUUCACGUGAGCAGGUGUGCGAGACUUCGGAGUCAAACUUUCAAGAGGUGAAAGAAGAAGACGUCGGUGUAGUUUCAUGAGUGCUUCAUGGCGGAGCUGUAGAUGUAGUUGUGUGUGUGUACCUGACAGUGUCGCUAAAAUCCAGCAGGUGGGAUUAAAGGCUUGUUUUUUGUUUUGUUUUUUACCCCCACCGUGCGGAUUAGAAACCACAGACGCCAUCAUGCUCUCCGGUUACGUGAAACGUGUCAAAUCCGCACUGAAACGGUCAUUCGAAGUGGAGGAGACAGAUACGUCAAUUCACCCAUCAUCCCUCUCCCGCCGCACCACUAACCCUCUCCGCUCAUCCACCUCCUCCACAUCCAGCCAGCGCAGCUACGACCUCAGCUCCCGCAACUCUGACUACUCCUCCACCAGAUCUUCCCCCUCUGAGUCCUCCAAUCCACGUUCCCCAAAGACCGGUAUGAGGCGCAUUGAGUUAUCAGGGGGUCGAAACCCUGAUGCAGCCUCGUCCCGCCGCACAGAAAUCUCCAUUGAAGUCUCCUCCAAGCAAAUUGACAACUCACCCAGCGCUGGCAUUGCCCGCUUUGGCCUCAAACGACCUGAGGUAAGCCUGGGCAGUCGGAGCACCCCCCUGGACAGCUCUACCAACUCCAGCUCAGGCUCUGCAAAUAGACGGGCAGAGCUCAGCAUGACACGGUCCCAUGAGCCACCGGCCCCUCCAAGGAGGAUCGAUUCUCAGCUGGCGUCUGCCCCAGCCUCAAGGAUCCCUGAGCCCCCUCAGAGAAGAGCAGAGCCCCCAUCCCCCAUCCUCAGUCUAGCUGAGGGGGCCUCCAGGAGGUCAGAGAUGCCCGUCUUCAGACAGCCAGACAGUUUAGUGCCAGGCAGUGUAAUGGAGAACAACAACAACCACCUGCCCCCUGCACCCAGUGCUCCCCUGCCUUCACUGGCAGAGCCUCGGGAGGAGAGAGUGCAGUCUCCUGCCACAGAGAUGCCCACAGCCCGACCAACAGACACAGAACCAGAGGUGAUUUCCAGCUACAUUGACAGUACCAUGUCCGAGGCGGUGAUGCCUGAUACUAUGGUGUCCCCAGCAGUGGGUGGUAUGUACGGGGAGAAGGCCGGCGGCCCCGUGGUGGACUUCAGUUAUGUGGGCAUUGAUGCUAUUCUGGAGCAAAUGAGGAGGAAGGCCAUGAAGCAGGGUUUUGAGCUCAACAUUAUGGUUGUGGGACAGAGUGGCCUAGGAAAGUCUACUCUGAUGAACACGCUGUUCAAGUCUAAAGUCAGCCGCAAAUCUGUGCUGGCUACAGCCCAGGAGAAGAUCCCCAAAACAAUCGAAAUAAAGUCUAUCAGUCAUGACAUCGAGGAGAAGGGAGUGAGAAUGAAGCUGACAGUCAUUGACACACCAGGAUUUGGAGACCAGAUCAACAAUGAGAAUUGCUGGCAGCCCAUCAUGAAGUUCAUUAAUGACCAGUAUGAGGCGUACCUGCAGGAGGAGAUCAACAUCAACAGGAAGAAACGGAUCCCGGACUCCAGAGUUCACUGCUGCAUUUACUUCAUCCCCCCGACUGGACACUGUCUGCGGCCCCUUGAUGUAGAAUUCAUGAGACGUCUCAGUAAAGUUGUCAACAUCGUCCCAGUCAUUGCCAAGGCGGACACACUUACUCUGGAGGAGAGGGACUUUUUCAAAAAGCAGAUCAGGGAAGAGCUACAAGCCAAUGGGAUUGACGUGUAUCCUCAGAAGGAGUUUGACGAGGACGCAGAGGACAGAAUGAUCAAUGAGAAGAUCAGGGAGAUGAUCCCUUUUGCCGUGGUGGGAAGUGACCAGGAGUACCAGGUUAAUGGCCGGAGGCUGCUGGGGAGGAAGACCAAGUGGGGAACCAUUGAAGUUGAGAACAUAGCCCACUGUGAGUUUGCCUAUUUAAGAGACCUCCUCAUCAGGACCCAUAUGCAGAACAUUAAGGACAUUACCAGCAGCAUCCACUAUGAAAUGUACCGUGUGAGGCGUCUCAAUGAGAACAACACAGUGGCGGCUCACGCCAAUGGAAUACCACAGCAUCAUCUUGCCGCCCAUGAAAUGUAGAUGCCACAGUUGACUGUGGUCCACUGUGUGUGUGAUUCAUCGGCUAUGAGACUUUGACCUCCACUCCAGC